AUGCAUUUGGUCCAAUGUUUCAAUCCAGAAACCUGUAGCAUCGAAUUUAGGAGGGGCCUAAUUGUUCAUAUUACUGAAGAAGAUGUUGCAAGAGUUUUAGGGAUGCCAAUCGGGGACACACCCGUGCCUACGGAAUGCCUUGAAUUACACAGAACAAAAAUUGAAGAGGACUUUAAGGGAGGUUUUAAGGGGAUUGAAAUCGUGAAAUUGGAAAAAGUGAUUAAGGAAGGCGCUACUGAUGGGAAGUUUCAUAGGGCUUACAUGCUAUUUACAUUAGGAUGCUUGUUGUGCCCCACCACAAAGGAAGUUGCGGGGAAUAGAUUGUUCCCUGGGGUGAUUGCCGACGACCUUGAAACCUUAAAGACGUAUAAGUGGCCGGCCUUUGUGUUGGAUUGGUUGGUGAACGAGAUUCGAAAUUAUAAGGUUCGGGUAACCAAAGGUCGUGGACGGAAGGCGGAAGGAGUUGGUGGUAGUCUGUUCCUUUUGAUGGUCAUAUAUUUUGACUUACAUCCGUUGGAUGUUGAAAUUGGGGAGGAACCUGAGCCUCCUAUUGGCUUAUGGACAAAGGAAUUGAUCGAUAUUCGCAUUUCCAAAGAGGCGGAGGACAAGCCAAUUGAGGAUUAUUUUUUUUCUCAGUUCCCGCCCCAUAAUUUGAAAAAUCAGAUAUGCAUUGAUAUGUACAAAGAUUUCAUGCGUCAAUUUAUGAAUAACUUUAAAAGGUUGCAUGAAAUGGAUGCUGCUAUGGGCGAGCCUGUCGUUGGAAGCCCUGUUCUUCGAAGCCCUCAAGAUGGUUCACGGGCAGAACCUGUAGAAGAUGAAGGCCAUUCGCCACAAUUUAGUCCAAAUUUUGAACUACAUGAAUAUGAGGACCAGGGGGAGUGGGAGGAGGAGCAGGGGGAUCAGAUUCAUAAGGGGGACAAGGGGGAUCAUAUUCAGGAGCAGGGGGAUCAUAUUCAGGAGAAGGGGGAUGAGAUUGAGGAGGAAGAGGAGGUGGGCGGGACAUCGAAAAUCAUGGAUGGGUCGGCGUCCUGUAAGCGAAAGCAGGAAGCGGUGGCGAUCUCAACUGAUCCCACAAAGAGAAAACGUCGAAGAAAUGUGAAGCCGAGCCCAUCUAUUAAAUCUCCUUUUGUUGCACAACCCUUCGUCAAGACAACAAAAUUAAAGGAAGACGAAGAAUCAGUCAUUAACUAUCUUAUUAGGGGACCGACAAAUGAUUUAAGCGAGGUGUUGAUCCGUAUUCAAGGGGCAAAGUGGCCUCUUACUCGCAAGGAAGUUGCUCAAUCGUUUAAACCGAGGGGCCUUGUGUCUAAUAUGGUUAUGUACACUUUUACGGAUUGGCGAAUGCUGAAGGAAAGAGCCCAUGCGACCAAGGCUCAUCCAUCACGACACAUUUUCUCCCCAGCCUUUGCGUCCAAUCUACUUGCAAGUGAAAGUGACAAGUACAGCAAUGUAUUGCGGGAUGAUUGCGACCCUAAUAAACUAGGUUAUGACUUGUUAAAAUGCGACAUGCUUUUCUUGCCUGUGCUUGAAAGUGAACAUUGGUUUUGCGUUUGCAUAUCCCUUGUUGAGUCACGCGUUUUUAUUCUUGACUCAAUGAAAAGCGCGGGACAAAACUUGGAUCAAUUGGACCAAGUUAAAAUUUUACAAAAGAAUCUUUUUGCACUCCUGAAGAAGAGAUGUACGCGAAGUUCAAGAAAUGAUUCCCGCAUAUUUGAAGUUCAAUAUGCGGAUGUGGCACAACAGACAAACUUCCAUGAUUGUGGAAUUUAUGUCAUGAAGUAUGUGGACCGUUGGGAUGGUCGAACUUAUCCUUCGACUGAACUUCAUGGAGGUCAAAUUCCAACCAUUCUUAAUGAUAUAAUUGUUUGUAACUCUACAUGGACUCUCAAAGAUGUAUCAUUUAGCCUUGCCAAUAUGUCAUUGUUGGAGAUUAUGGGGAUACGUUGA